CUACUCUAUGGUGCCAGCACUCAGUGACACUGACAUGCCCUGGACCAGACCCCAGGUGGACCUUCAUGCUGGUGGAGCAGCAGAGGCCAUGGACCAGAGCGCCGACGACCACCACUAUGAGGGCUCCCUGUUCCCCACCUCCACCCUCAUCCCCGUCACCGUCAUCUACAUCCUCAUCUUCAUCGUCGGGGUGACGGGCAACACCAUGACCAUCCUCAUCAUCCAGCACUUCAAGGACAUGAAGACCACCACCAACCUGUACCUGUCCAGCAUGGCGGUGUCGGACCUCAUCAUCUUCCUGUGCCUGCCCUUCGACCUGUACCGCCUGUGGAAGUACGUGCCCUGGCUGUUCGGGGAGGCUGUGUGCCGCUUCUAUCACUACAUCUUCGAGGGCUGCACCUCGGCCACCAUCCUCCACAUCACGGCUCUGAGCAUCGAGCGCUACGUGGCCAUCAGCUUCCCCCUCCGCAGCAAGGUGGUGUUGACCAGACGCAGGGUCCAGUACAUCAUUUUAGCCCUGUGGGGGUUCGCCUUGGCUUCUGCGGCUCCCACGCUCUUCCUGAUAGGGGUGGAAUACGACAAUGACACCCACCCGGACUUCAACACAGGGCAGUGCAAGCACACCAGCUACGCCAUCAGCUCCGGGCAGCUGCACAUCAUGAUCUGGGUGUCCACCACCUACUUCUUCUGUCCGAUGCUCUGCCUCAUCUUCCUCUAUGGCUCCAUCGGGUGCAAGUUGUGGAAAAGCAAAAAUGACCUGCAGGGCCCCUGUGCAAUGGCCCGAGAAAGGUCACACAGGCAAACUGUCAAGAUUCUAGUGGUGGUGGUGCUGGCCUUCAUCAUCUGCUGGUUGCCCUACCACAUCGGCAGGAACCUCUUCGCCCAGGUGGACGACUACGAGGAGGCCAUGCUGAGCCAGAAAUUCAACAUGGCCUCCAUGAUGCUCUGCUACCUCAGCGCCUCCAUCAACCCCGUCGUCUACAACCUCAUGUCUCGGAAGUACAGAGCCGCCGCCAAACGCCUCUUCCUGCUGCACCAGCGGCCCAGACAAGCCCACCGCGGCCAGAGACAGCUCUCCGUGAUCGAUCAGAUCUCCACACUGAAUGAAAGUCUGACCGGGGUCUGAGAGGCCCGGGAAAGUCUAAUGAGCACUUAAAAGCUUGUCUGACUUCACCACCAGGGGAGAGGGUUCGGGUUUCCUCAAAGUUCAAGGGUUGAGAUCAGGAGCUAAAGAGAAAAGGAUGUGUAGAGCAGAGAUGCUUUGAGGGGGAAAACAGGGCUGAGUGGUCCACCGCACUCCAAUGCAAAAUUAUUAUUGCUUCUCAGUGUCGUUCUGUUCGCAAAGACAUGAUGAUGAUUGUCUGUCAUGUCAGAUUAUAGUUUUUACCAUUCAGUGGAUUGCAUUUACAGCUUUCCUUGUCUCGGUGUUACAUAGAAGUAUUUACCUCCACGUUGUGCACUGCUGCGUGUUUUUUCCGGCUUGUUGUCAGAGUUAACCGAACACAUCCACCGUUUCACUUCACAAUUAUCAUCAAUCCGAGUCUCUCCUCUUUGCUCAUGACGGAUGAUGUUUGCUUCAUGCGAAACGGCAGUUCAUUUGUAAUUUUUAAUUGUAGUCGGCCGCAGUGAGAUUGGAUUUGUUCGGUGUAUGGUGAACAGUUGUUAUCAUAAUGUUUGCUCGCGCUCAUAAAUCAAGAAGAACAAAACAAGUAAACCUAUUAGCGGUGGGCCAUUAGUUGUGCAGAUCUGAAAUUGGGUAUCCCAGUGUGUGUUUGAGUGAAUAGAUGGACCAUGCACCUGAUAAAAGCAGAUUAGUAUGAAAAUGGAGCCGUUGUUGUCUGUGUGUGUGAUACUGAGGCCACCUGAGCCCGGAGGUUUUGGGCCUGUGUACGUGCCGCUCAUCACAUGUAAUCUGACAUGGCUAUUAUAUUAAAUGGGCCCUGAGUUAGAUUUACGCUGGCAGCUGACGUCCCUGCAUCACCAUAUUCAAAGUAAUGGCUGCUCUAAGUGCAUUUCAAAGGGGAGAGAAAGAUAUUAGGUUGUCAGCAGUAGCAGAGCUUAUUGCCUUUAUUGCUUCCACUUGCAUAAUCUUGACCCGUUGUACAAUUGUUCGUUGAUGUUGGGUUUCGAGUUAGAAAUUGUACACUUUUGUACUUCAUGUGCUCCAGCAAAAGAAACAAAAAGUAAUGUCAAAGUCAUGUAUUUUUAACCUGAACAAUGUCUAAUCACAAAAAUAAACCACUUUGUCCAGGUUCUGUCUGCCUUACAAGGUGUUCUUUAAAAGGAACUGUCGUGCUUUUGCCCAUGAAUCAUCGGGCCUUGGUUUGCACAAAUACAAAGAGACAUGGUCGCUCUGGGCUGACUCAUCCUCAUGACACUUUUUUUCACCGAGUCAUUCGUCUCUUUAGGAGCCCAAGCAGCCGACGAAAGCUUCUAUCCCACAGACUGUCCUGCCAUCACCUGGGGAAAGAUCAACAAGCAGCACGACUCCUCCGUUGCUUAUUUUCUUUACUGAUAAUGAAGACAGCGGCUGCGAGCGGUUUAUCCAGAGCUGUCAACACCUCUCUGAGGCUUUCUUUACACCACCUCCAAUCAUUCGGAAAUGUACACUUUGCUUGCUUUGACUCUAUUUUAGCAGCAAUCUUUGAACAUACUGCACACACUGUUCUAUGAGAAUUGUUAA